UGCCGCCUCCUAAAUCUCUUUUUCCGCUUCCUGACGAUGUCUGGCCGUCCGUUUUACCGAUUUAUAAACCGCCGCUUCUGGGGGGGAUUCGUGCUGGGCUCGGCUCUGAGCACAUCGUCCUGCUUGGCCGCGCUUUAUCUAUACGACCGGAAAAGAUCGGAGCUAGAGCCAGCGAAAAGGUCACCGUUCGAGGAAUAUGGAUUCCCAAAGAGUGGAGCAGAGGUCAGACAAUACAUCAGUCAUGCUUUAUCCUAUGAUCAAGCCAAAAAGACGCCACAAUGGGUGAUCGAGCAUCUAACAAAAGAGAAAACAGUUGGUAUUGCUGAUCGAAAGCACUGCCGAUUUAAACCGGAUCCAAGCAUUCCAGAAAUAUUUAGUGCCAGCAAUGAAGACUAUUUGCAUAGUGGAUGGUCCCGAGGUCAUAUGGCCCCAGCAGGGGACACCAAAUAUUCUACAGAGGCUAUGGCUGAAACAUUCUACCUUUCAAACAUUGUGCCUCAAAACUAUGAAAACAACGCCGGCUUCUGGAAUAGAUUUGAAAUGUAUUGUCGAGACUUGACACAGCGAUUUGACGACGUCUGGAUUGUGAGUGGUCCUCUCACACUGCCCACGCAACAUGAAGAUGGCAAGAAAAGUGUCACCUAUCAGGUUAUCGGAAAGGAUGAUGUAGCAGUGCCCACACACCUUUACAAGGUGAUCCUCGCCAGGAAGAAGCAGUCUGAAGAGGCUCUAGCUGAAGGAGCUUUUAUUGUACCCAAUGCCCCCAUCAGUUUUCAGCAUCAGUUACCUGAAUAUCAAGUCCCCCUUGAGACACUUGAGAAGUUGUCUGGUCUUGUUUUCUUCCCUCAAGUGGACAAAUCGAAAGAAGUGAAGAACAUCUGUGAGGUGGACACCUGUAAACUUAUUGAACUGGAAGAGUUCAAAUUAUACAUUGCAGGACGGAAUAUGAAGAAUGCGAGAAACCUCCAAAAAGUGGAGAAGAUUAUGUCAGAAUUGAAUAUGGCCAACAUAAAGCCGGACAAGUAUCUAUUGGAGCUUUAUGAACAGAAAAAGAAGGAACUGGAGUCUAGUGAGACGGUUACUGUGCGAGAAGGAAGGAGGGGGUAACGGGUCUUACCUGCAUGUUGCAGGGCCAAUUAUCACAAGUUCCGAAUUAUUAUUAUUUUCCUCAGGAACCUUUCAUAAGGACGAACCCCUUCAAAUAUGACUUCUGUAGAAUACCUUAAAAAAGCUAAACUAGUAGUUAUGGAGAGUAUAAAGCAUGGCACAUACUUCAAUAAGUAUAUGCCGAGAACAUCUCUAUAAGGCCUGUUCCAUGAACAGACCCGAGGGGCUUUCAUGGCACUUCCAGACUGCCUUAAAGCAGGGAGAGCCAGUAGUAGAUGUGUCACACUUUAUUCCACCUCCGUCACUCCUUGAUUUUCACUUCUGGCAGCUAUUUAGUGGUUCCGUUGUAUCAGUUCAGAUGUCCUUUCAGACCAAUUAUUGCCGUCUCAUUAGGAAUAAUCAAAUUUCUAACCAAAAGGCAAGGGGUUCAAAUAUGUCUGUACAUAAGGCUAGGUUCAGAUCAGGUUUGGUACAUGCAUUUGACAUGUAUCUACUGCAUUCUUUCAACAUAGGUCUGGGGAAAAGUAGUCUGUGGGCAUGUUAGAUGUAUAUGUCGCCAGCAUUCCCUGAUGUAUACAUAUAUAUGGACCGUAGUGCCAAAACUUGGUGUGAACCUAGUCUUGUAUGUACCAUAUCAUGUUGCUGUCUGUAUGAACGUUUUUUUUUUUUUUUUUUUUUUUUUCCCCAAUGCAAAAUACAUUAAAUGUAUGAAAUCCAAAUUUUUUUAAGAAGUAAAAUCUGUGUCAUGGUUUAUCCACAUUCCUAAAAUGUUAUACUUUAUUUGUGACUAAUACUAACGUGUGCCUUGCCAAUGAAUCAUUGUGAUAACUCUGUAUUGUGCGUGUAGCCUUGUAUUAUUCUGGAGCUCCUUUUACCAUUCUAGAGUUCUUAAAAUACAGAUUUGCUUGUGUUAGGGGCAUGGUGUAUACAGUCUGCCAUGGAUUUCAUCUGAUUCUUUUUGAAGAUUUAGCUUGUCCAUCCUAAGCCUGUCUUUGCUUUCUCUACAGCAGGGCUCGUCAAUCAAAUAGAAAAGUAGUAUAAUCUGUAUUACCAAAGCUGUGCAGCUACCAUUCACAAUGUUUGAGACAUCCAGCUUUUUUGUGUCAGUUAUAAAAGAUGGAAGCGUUUCAUUAAGGGCCUUGGCUGGUCCACUAAUAAUGGUUGUGCCGAGUUGAUCACCAGGAGUCCUACGGUUGGGGCCCUCGCUGUUAACGAGAACGUAGGCCCGUGCUCCUCCGGAUGAAUGGAGUGACAGACGCACAUGCAUGUUCACUCCACUCAACUCUGUGGCCAGACCCCCGCCGUUCACAAGAACGGGGGCUGCUGUUUAAAUGGAGUGGCGUUCACAUAUGUGUGCUGCCUCCCCAUUCAGUUCUAUGGGACUGGUGGAGAUAGCUGAGCACACGUUCUCAGCAGUGUCAUAGAGUUGAAUGGAGCGGUGGAUACGCAUGCGUCUGCUCCAUUAAAAUAGAGACCAAAGGUCCCCAUUCUCAUGAGUGGCGGGAACCCUAGCAGACCCCACCAAUCAGAGACUUAUCUCCUGUCCUGUGGAUAGGGGAUAU